AUGCAGCUUCAUAUCUGGAUGUAUGUUUUUGUGGCAAUUUGUUUACUAAAUGCGAACUUUAUACGUUCUCAUGGCGAGGACGACGACAAUGCUGAAACGAAGCAUUUGAAUGACAAAAAGAACAACACAUCGAAAGAUAAUGUUCUGUUAAUUUCAUUUGAUUCCUUUGGUUGGAAAUACUUAGAUUUGGUAGAGACACCAGUUUUAGAUACUUUCAAAAAACAAGGAGUUUAUGCUGACUAUAUGAUCAAUGUUAUCCCUACAGAAACAUUUCCAAAUCAUGUUUCCCUAGCCACAGGGUUAUAUCCAGAAUCACACGGGAUAGUAUCAAAUGAUAUGUAUGAUCCGAUAUUCAACGAUUACUUUAAUAUGAGUGUAACAGAUCCGAAAUGGUGGUGGGGUAACGGUGUUCAACCAAUAUGGUAUACAAAUGAAAAGCAGGGUGGUAUCAGUGGUAUUGUAUGGUGGCCAGGGUACAAUAUUAAAAAUUAUACCUCAACUUACUGGAAUAAGAAUAAUAAGAUAUCAUAUAAACACAAAGUUGAUCUAGCUAUGAAAUGGUUAACAUCUGAGAAACCGCCAAAUUUCUUGAUGUUGUAUUUUGGAAUGCUAGACCAUGCUGGUCAUCAGUAUGGGUUUGGUUCACCACAAACACUGCAGGAAGUGAAGAAUAUUGAUAAUAUUACAGGGUAUCUUCUUGAACAGUUAGAGCAGAACAAUUUGUUAGAUAAAUGGAAUAUUAUCUUAACUGCUGAUCACGGAAUGACAAAUGUUUCACAAAGUAGAAUAAUAAACAUCACAGACUAUGUUAAUACGUCUGAAUGCAAGAUUAAUGGCGAUGGUGGCGUUCGUUUUGUUUGGCCAAAUAGUAAAGGAAUGAAAGAUAUCAUUUACAAGAAAUUAAAAGAUCACCCGCAUAUGCAAGUUUGGUUGAAAGAAAAUUUCCCAGAGAAAUAUCACUAUCGUAACCACCGUCGCAUAGCUCCGAUUUUGGUGACCGACGAUAAAGGAUGGACAUUAGUUAACGAUCCAAAAACAUUUAAAUGGACACAUAAAGGUACACAUGGUUAUCUUAAUACCUAUCCCUCGAUGUGGCCUAUAUUCUUUGCUCGUGGACCUGCAUUCAAAAAAGGUUACCACUCAAAAACAUUUAACUCUGUUGAUUUAUACCCGCUGAUGUGCAAGUUACUAAAAAUUAAAGCCAACCCAAAUAAUGGAUCAUACAGGGCAGUAGAGCCGCUUUUAUUAGGCAAUAAUGAGAAUUCAUCAUUUAGUGGAAUAUUAGUUGGUGUGAUGGUAUCAUCAAUAUUCUUUGGGCUCGGUAUCCUCAUUUGUUCAGUCACAAUUUGUUUGAGUGACAGAAAAGUUAAGAGGUUCCGAACCAACCGAGCAUGGAAUAAUAACAUGGUAAUGAGCCAAUUAGAACAAUCUGAUAAACUGCUUCUUAACGAGGAUGGUGAUGAUGACGAUGAAGAAGAUGAACUUAUGACACCAAGAUCUGACACACUCUAA